GCGCACAGAGUGAUACAGGGAUCCCACUCACACAAAGGUUGCCAUUGUCCCGCCUUGCAGUCAUCCUCACUGCCACCACAAAUACCAACAGCAACAAUACUCCGCCGCCAUGUCCGCUCCCGACCUCACAGAAUCACAAACCACAUUUCCCUCCGACAGCGAGAUCUACGAUGCCAACCACUCAAAUUCCAACGACUCGGAUGAACCGGCGUCCUCAAGCUCAAGUCCGAUGAUCCUCUAUUCACCGCCGACGUUCUGGAGUCUGAUGAGGGGUGCCGCCAUCAAUCUUCUACUACCAUUUGUCAACGGAUUGAUGCUGGGAUUUGGGGAGUUAAUUGCACAUGAGGCGGCGUACAGGUUAGGUUGGGGCAAGACGAAGGUCUUCCCCUCGCACCGAACGCACUCAUUAGGCCCCGGGAUCGAAGUGAAGGAUGAUCCAGUCGAGCGAACACGACGAGACGGACGGGAGUUGGACAUGUACACUGCUCUUGAGUGA